AUGGCAACCCGGCCGCCCCUCAAACUCCUCAUGCUUCACGGAUAUACGCAAUCCGGACCCCUCUUCCACGCCAAAUCCCGCGCCCUGAUAAAACACAUAACAAAGGCGUUUCCCCUCCACGAAGUCUCCGCCCUAUACCCCACCGGUCCCCUGCGACUGAAUCCCGCCGACAUCCCGGGGUACACCCCACAAGAAGGAUCUGGCUCCGGCGCAGCGGACAGCGAGGAAACCGAGAUUGAAUCAUACGGGUGGUACAGGCGCUCCAACACCGCCGAACCACCCCUCUACGUUGGGCUCGAAGAUGGGCUGGAUAAGAUUGCCAAGGUCCUUAGUGAAGAAGGCCCGUUUGACGGCGUGAUUGGGUUCUCGCAGGGUGCUGCGAUGGCGGCGAUGGUGGUGUCGUUGUUGGAGGAGAAGCGGCAGGACGCUUUUGCGCAUUUUGCGUCUUCUUCCUCUUCUGGAGGGGAGGGGUUCGCGUACCCUGCUUCAUUUGCCAAGUUGAGCCAUCCGGCGUUGAAGUUUGCUGUGUGUUAUAGUGGGUUCCGUUCGCCGGGGGAUCGGUACCGAGCUUUCUACGAGAGUCCGCCUAUUCAAACGCCGGUCUUGCAUGUUUUGGGUUCGCUGGAUGCUGUCGUAGAAGAAAGCAGGAGUCGGUCGCUGAUAGAGGCUUGUGUUGGGGAUCCAGAAGCAGAGGGCAAGGUGGUUUGGCAUCCUGGCGGUCAUUUCCUGCCGAGUCAGAGACCGUAUCUCGAUGCUGCUGUGAGGUUUAUCCGAGAGUGCUUGGAUGGUGCUGUGCAGGAGGACAACGCUAAUCAUGAGGAGGAUGUCAACGACAUGGAUUUGCCGUUUUAG